AUGGUUAGAACCCGUUCAUCAAAAUAUUCUGAUCCUGAAGAAGGACUAAUUUCUAAUGGUAAGCAGAAUGGUUCUUUGAGCAUUGAUAAUACAUUUGAAAAAUUAAACGGGAAGUCACCUAUAAAAAAUGGUAAAAAACAGAAAAAAAGUGAAUUAGAUGAACCAACAAUGCGUGAAUUAAAAGAUUUAAACAAAAAAGAAAAUAUCGAUGAACAUCAAAAUGGUGAUUUAAGUUCAGAGGAUUCUGUCUCUUCACCUUUGCAAAUGUCAGCAGCUGCAUCUACAUCAGAUUCUGGUAGUAUUGUUAAGGAACCAACAACAAAACCUUCAAUUACUGAUGCAGCAAAUGCACUUGCAACUGAUUCAACAAAUGCAUUGUCGUAUGCAGUGUCACUGACGCAAUCAUUGUUGUCUUCUGAUAGCAAAAAAAUAGAUGAUAUUCUAACAGGGGCUAUAUCACAAAGAGAAAUCAAAGAUACAGUGAAAGAUCUUCCUACAAUUCAUGUCAUUCGUUUAUUAAAAUAUAUUGAAGAAAAACUAAGAGAAAGUACUGGAGGUCAUGUUGAGCAAUUGAUACGUUGGAGUGGUAUAGUAAUUUCAGCUCACAUGUCUUACUUAAUGACUGUUUCUGAUCUUGAAAAACAACUAGGAUCUUUCUUUUCAUGGAUAAAAAAUAGAGUUUCACAUAUGGAAGCACUUUUUAUCUUAAAUGGAAAAUUAGGAUUAUUAUGUGAACAAAUUGAUAAAAGAUGUAAUGUUGUAUCGUAUGCUGAUCAGAAACCUUUAAUGGUCUUUCAUCCAGAUGAUGAAAGUGAUAAUGAAUUAGAACAAAUUACUGCUCUUGAAAAAGAAGUUUUUGAUGCUGCCAAUGAGGACGAUGACUGGUGGAAAGAGGAUGAAGAAAUUCAAGAAAAGAUAAAUGUUAAAGUUCAAUGUGUAAAAAAGAAGGAUAAAGGUAAAAAAAGGCAUGCUGAUCAGGAGGAUGAUAGUGAUGAGGAUUUGGAAGAUUUAGACGAACAGAUGGAAGUUGAUAAUGAUGAAUAA